GAAGGGGGUCACAGCUCGAGGCUCAUGUACAAAGAAUCACCAUAUCGUGUUGUAGAAAAACACUGAAUGGUGUGAAACCUAUAUGUCGGAUUCCUGCUUCCAGAGGGUUUGGCGAGAUUGCUACUUUCUUGGCAUUCCUUUCUGCCCCCAACAGACGUGCCUCUUGUUCCUUCGUUGCCGAUGCCAUAGCGCCACAGUCAUCGCGACGUCAUUCUAAUUUUCGGCUCUUUUAAACUGCCCUUACAACGCAUCAAUACCAACUUUGUUUUCAAUCCUUGAUCCCUAAUAUCUUUCAUUUCACUUGGAUUCGCACAGCUUACGUUGAGCAAGGUCCAUACAUUUUCCAAAAGCUGCUUAUUUGGCCAUGUUUCUGACCACUUUGCAAUACAUUGCUUUGCCAUAUUAUUAACCCAUUAGUAGCUUGGUGUGCUUUACUAAGAAUCAGUGGGUUAGUCGAGUUCUGCGCGUCUUAUUUUUUAGACAUUAAUCUUUUUGGUCAGUGGCUUAAAACGAUCUCAGUGGAUUAAUCGUUGGUGCUGAUGAUGCAAAGUUGGAGUGCAUGAAUUGAAGGAUUAUGCUUUAAUGUAUGGCAUCACCAAUGCCCAAGAUCCGGAAUCUGAGCAUGUUGGAGCUCACUUUGAUGAGGCUAAACUACACUCACUUUCAUGUCGCAAUCUCAAACUCAUGCCUUGAAAUUUCACGUUUUUCACUCCAAGACUUGAAUCCACGGUGGAACAGUUGGAGUGCAAAUGGUUUUUAAGACAGAAUGGAGAGUCUACAACUGGUCAUGGAUCUCCAUGACCUUAAAAAUGCAAUUUCAUUAUGUGCCCGGUGAGUGGCGCAAAAGGCUUACACCAUGAACAAUCUAUUCCACCGAGAGCUCACCACCCGAUUAUACUAACAGAGGAUUUUGAUACUCCUCAGUCUAUGACUGAUUGUACGAUGAAUCUGGACGUCAACCGACAAAAUGGAAACAGUGGUCGAGGGCUUGAAGAGCUUGAAUAUUCUGGGUUGGCAAAAGUAGCACCUGCAAGGACGUUUUGCAGGAAUAUGUCUAAUUUUUGGGGAUUUACAGUAAAUGUGUCCAAAGCCUACCUGUUGGCCGGCCUUCUGGCAAUCUUUGGUGUAUUAUAUCGAGUCCGAGAAGACAGCAGACCUACUGGUUGUUCACGUGGGGCCUUGGUAGCGUCGCAAUCUUGUUCCUUGGAACUAAUCAAGGAGAAAAAAAACAGUCGUGAAGGCCACGAGGAUUAUGAUGUUUUCAUAUGCUACAGAGGAGCAUGCGUGAAAGUAGAUUUUGUGGAUCACCUCCAAGAAGCGCUGAACUUAACGGGGUUCAAGGUGUAUGUGGAUUCGAAAGAUAUCUCGGAGGGAGAGGUGGCAAGGAAUUGCAUUGCUCAUGCCAUUCGAGUUGCACCAGUAUGCGUGUCGGUGCUGUCGAAGGCUUUCGCGGAAUCAAAGUUCUGCCUCGAGGAGCUUAGCCUCAUGUUGUCCUCCGCGAAGGUCUUCCUCCCGUGUCUGUAUGACAUCGCCCCAAGUGAUCUGCUCAUGCCUGAUACUGGCGCUUUGAAGCAUGCUUUGCAGAAGUUUAAACAACACCAUGGUGUGCAGAAGCUAGCCUUGUACCAGGCUGCGUUGCGCAGAGCGACGGAUGUUCCAAAUUGGGACUGUGAGAUGCUGAAUGGGUGCUGCCUUACCAUUGUGAAGCGGAUAGUGUCCAGAGUGCAGGAUGCAGUACAGCGAAAACCACUUGGCUCUUUGUGCAGGUACGAGGUAGGAUUAGAUAAAAGAGAAGCAGAAGUUCUUGACAUGCUGCGGAUAGGCCCAGCCGCGAGAGUUAUUGCUGUUCUGGGACCAGGAGGGGUAGGCAAGAGCACUAUCUGCAAGGCCUUAUACGAGCAUGUAUCACAUCUUUUCACUGCGGUGAGCUACGUCGAGGAUGUGAAAGAGAAGUCUAAGCAUCCACGAGGACUAGUGCGCAUGCAGCAACAAAUCAUCCACGAUUUGUGCAAGUUGAACGAUGUGCACAUUGACAAUCCAAGACACGGACAGGCAUUGAUCAAGGAGCAUCUUCGCGGGUCCGUAAAGGUUUUAAUUAUCUUGGAUGAUAUAGAUGACUGCAUGCAAGUGGAAAACCUGAUGCUUCCUGACGCGCUUGGAUAUGGCAGUCGUGGUAUUGUAGCUACGCGAGACAAAACAGUUGUGGCACAAUUGGGAAUACAUGAUACAUACGAGGUUAGAGAAUUAACAGAAUUGGAAGCAGUAGAGCUCUUUUUUUGGCAUGCUUUUAUGCAGCAAAAACCUCCGCAUUCUUUUGAUAAAAUCGCAACAGAGGUCGCCGUGGCUUGUGGACGAAUUCCCUUAGAGAUUAUAGUAGCUGGUGCACACUUAUGCGGUGAAAUAAACCCUAGCAUUUGGGGCGAAGUUUUGACGAAGCUACGAAUGAUACUGUUGAUUUCAGACGAGAAAGUUCGAACUCAAAAACGCCUGCGAAUCAGUUACGAAGCAUUGCCAAGUAACGAACAAGAGAUUUUCUUGGACGUCGCUUCUGUGCUGCUAGGAGAGACGGCGGACACUGCGAAACGAGCCUGGAAUGCCUUUGGAUGGUCGAUGAAGACACUAGGCCACCUCAUUGACAAGUGCCUGGUACAAGUAGACGCCACUGGCAAGCUCAGGAUGCACGACCUACUUCGUGACCUCGGACGCCAAACGUCUCGUGUAGAGUUGACUCGGUUGUGGAUGCCAGACGCUGAAAUUGCGGUGAAGACCAACUUCAAAUCACAGGGCCUGUCACUGUUGGGAAGCAAGGCAGUAUUCCCAGCUCAGGCAUUCGCUCUGAUGAAAGAUUUGCGAAUACUUAUUGUUGAGGGAGCCGCAGGAGAACGCUUCUCAUACUUCCCUAAAAAUUUGACAAUGAUCAGAUGGCCUAGAAUGCCGUUCUAUUAUGUUCCAGAUGGAAUUCAGGAGCUUGAUAAACUAGCUGUUCUCAACUUGGGGUCGAGCAAGAUCGAAUACCUCUUUGAUGAAAGUGCCGAUAAGGAAAUAUCCUUUUCCAUUGGUCGACUGCGAAGUUUGCAAGAACUCAAUUGUCGAGGUUGUGAUCGGCUGGAGCGACUCCCGGAGAACAUCGGUGCUCUCACGCGAUUAGAGACGAUUAACCUCAGUCUUUGUAGUGCGCUCCGAAGCAUACCAUCUUCCAUUGGAGCCUUAACAGGAUUGUCCAAGCUAGACCUCAGCAACUGUUUACAACUGCAAUGCCUGCCCGAGUCCAUUGGACAACUCACCCACCUACGAGAGCUCAUGAUGGACAACUGCGACAGGCUUAAAUCACUUCCAGAAACCAUAGGCCACAUGGUGAGGCUUAGAAAAUUGCACCUUUCAGGUUGCAGCGCAGUUGUGUAUAUCCCGUCUUCAUUGGGCAAGCUUUCCAACCUCCAGGAGCUUUCUCUCUCUACCAAAGCACUGUCCAAUCUUCCCAAUUGUCUCGAGAGUUUGACGGGUUUGCGGCAUUUCGAGCUUUUUGACAUAAGCAGCAAUACCAACAUCGACUUUGUAUACUGCUUCAAGUACUUACACGAGUUAUACCUGUCGAAGAUCGAAAAACCCUCAGAGUGUAUCACGGAACUCUGUGAGCUGAAAAAAUUGUUCCUUAGUCUCUCCAACGACGUCAUAAAGCUACCCGACUACCUUGUUCAACUCAGCCGACUUCGGGAAUUGUACUUGCACGAUUGCUCCGGGUUGGAAUCCUUACCCUGUUGCAUUAAUAAACUUUCGAAUCUGAGAAUCCUUGAUUUGAAAAAUUGCAGUAAACUGACUGGGUUGCCAAACAACAUCUGUCUAAUGACUCAUCUCCAAAAACUACGUCUGAAAGGAUGUCGAGAAUUGAAGUGUUUGCCGGAGGCCAUUACGGAUCUUUCCGAGCAAUGUCGGGCAACUUUAAGCAUUGCAUUGAGGAUGAACAGUGCACGCGAAAGGAAAUUGGGUAACUUCGUAAGGAUGCUGGCUGAAUUGAACUUGGCAUCUCGAGUUCAACCCUGUAAUGCUACAAUUUUCACUGAACGGAGCCUGGCUAAAGGAUUACUAAAUGAUUUCGACGGUGCACUUGGAGACUUGGACACUGCUCACCACCUUUCUCCGAGCUUCUCGGCUACUUUGAUGGCACGAGGACGCUUGAAGUAUUUGAUGGGAGACUUCCACUCGGCAUUGGCUGAUCUGGAGGCUGCUCACAUACUGAAUCCAAAUGACAAGGGAAAUAUUUUAAGCAUGAGAAGAGUGGUGAAAGUCAGGUUGGGCAACUGCCAAGAAGUCUUAAAUGAACUCAAUAGAUGCAUGGAACUCUAUCCAGAGGAUGGAUUCUACAUGUUGGAACGUGGAGUCCUCAAAACCUACAUGAACCAAUUGAAGGGUGCCAUGCUGGACCUUAAUUGUGCUUUAAAAAGUCUGGGUGAAACGUAUGAAGUGGUAAAACAUCGAGCCUAUGUCGAGCAUCUCCUCGGAGAUGACAAGGUUGCUCGCAGUCUUGCCUGCCGAGCGAAGCAGCUUAGGCCCUUGGGAUGCCAUGAGGGAGUCACUUGUCUUGCUGAGAUGCCUGUCAAAUUCAUGGAAUACGACUUCUAGAAAGCCCACUCCCCACCUCACACUAACAGAUUAUUACAUCUGAGUUGAGAGCUGCAGUUUCAUGCCCUCUCUGACCGCCACCUUAUUAUGCUGCUGCUGCUCCUGUUGUUCAAUUUACAAUCCGGCCCUAUUGUCCCCCCCCCCCCCCCGGAUACCAUCCACGUUGAAAUCUCGUAUUCAAAGUUGCUGAAUACUCUCUAAAGUAUUUUAACUUUGUUCAUAUCUCGUGUCUGCUACCACAAAGCCAGGAUUUUGCAGCUUGCAUGUGAUUCAAAUGUUCAACAAUUUUUUUGUGAUUAGGGUUCUCAAUCAAUCAGGGAUUCUGUUUCAGGAUUUAUAUCGUUUCCUACUUCAAUAUCAAACAGAUGACAAUAUUAAUUAACUUGAGGGUUAUAUGGAAUACAAAUGGUUAUCAUCCGGCGAGACCAUCAAAACAAUUAUUCAAUUGGAUUUUCAACAACAGUUUUUUUUCUUCAAAAAUGCAUUCGCAGAGGGAUCUCUUGAAGUGAAUCUUUGGAGGGCAAACCAGAGCAGGCUUAAGAACAGAGGUAGGCCAUCUCAAUAGCACCAAACCUAGAGUGUGUGCCAAUGAAGGUCACCUUCUAGGGAGACUGACUGAUAAAAUGUGGUGGUACUAAAACUAGAAUUUUGUAAUGCAACUUUUUAAUUGAAUUUUUGAAAAAUCAAAAGAAAAACUUUCAACUAUUCUGCAAAAAUCUUAUCUUUCAUUGAAAGCUGAAUCAUAAGAUAUAUACAAACACCCUUUUAAAAUUAUAAAAGUAGUUUUAACUUCUGAAGUA